AAAAGAAGAGAAAAAAGAAUCAAGAUGAACUGUACUGGAUUCGAACUCUGGCGGACACCAUGCACGUGAUGAGCUUUCCUGGCUAAAACUUUCGUUUUAAAAUCAAAAUCCACUGAAAACCAUUUAAAACCGGAUUUUCAGCCAAAACCCGUCCGAAUAUCUAACUUUGACAAUUAUUAUUAUUCCAAUUUCCAAACUUAAUUUUCUUCGAUCCAAGACCCACACAAACGCAGCUGUGAAGAAAAAAUUUCAAAUUUGGAAUGAGAACAAACUAAAAAAUCAAAAUCGACAAAUGUCUGUUUUAAAAAAACGCACUGUAGGGUUGCUGGAAAGUAGGCGAAGUCAGCUAGGGUCACAGUGCUGGAAAGUAGGCGAAGUGAGCAAGGUUUGCAAAGCUUCGGUAGCGACGCAGUUCGGCAGUCUGUACUGGUGACGAUAACCUCGUUCGGUCAAUCAAGCACAACGUUGGAGUCUUGCGCUUUAGGCUUUAGCAUAGCUUGGCUUGGAACAGCGGAACAGCUCAGUGCAUCUACGCGUGCAGGCGACUCGUGCUAUUGCGUAAGGAAACACAGUUGCUGGCAGUCGCGUCCUGCAAUAGAAGAUUUGUCCGAAUGCUAGUACCUGAGCUGAGCAGCCGUCCCAUCGGAUGUCCAAGGACUAGGAUAGCAAGAUUGUAUUCUCGUCAAGUCCUGCCGGGCACUGAUGUGUGCCAGGUGGGACAUUUUCAUCAGCAGGAACUACCCACGCCACCAGUGAUCGGUGAUACUGUUGACAGCGAUUGGGACAUUGUUGUUCUUAUCCAAAAGAUGGAUGACAAUCCCUUCCGUAAUGAUACGUUUGUCAGUAGCGUCCAGGUGUGGAUGAACGAUUUGGACCCGGAUCGAUUUCGCACCGUUGCACAGCGGAAGGGCUUGUUGGAUAGCGACUCCGUUAGGACUCUAACACGAAUAUAUAAGAAUGAAGGACAGCUGCAGCACAACCAGAAGCUCAUCAAUAUGCUCGUUGCCGGAGAGAUGGAUACAUAUCUGAAACUCUGUGACGCUGUCAAGGCGAUGGGUUUUACCCCGCGCUACGAUGAAAUGAUCAGCAUUGUGAAAGACCGUCUUGAAGAAACCAGGCGUCCGGGAGAUGACCUGGACCCCCGCAAUGUGUACAUCGACAGGCACAAGAUUUCCGCAGCGUCAACCAGCCGAAUCAACUACGUUCAAGCUGGAACUGGAGUAGCUGAUAAUAUCGAGGCUCUUCGAAACACAGCACAAGUAAUUUCAAAUCAGGGCCUCUUAACUCCGCCAAGCAGUGAUGACAAUGAAGAAUUCGGUAUUGAAGAAGCUUCCCAAGAAGCUCUCUCCGAAACUGAUGUGACAGUGUACGUUGCUGAGGAUUUUGACAAAUCGAUGAAGCAAGGCAGUAAUGAUGAAGGAGCCAAGGAAAUCAUCCGAACAACCCUGGAGGACAUCGGGUACAUCGACGAGAAGAUCUUUUUUGACAAAUUCCGCCCGUCCAAGGGGAUAGUAUACUCUGUUUCAGCGGAGAAAGUUCUCAUCCGCAUUGUCAUCGACACUGUAGACAGUGAGUUCAUACGCAACGCCAUCAUCAACAGACUGAAGCGGUUGACGCAGUCCAGGGGUAGGGUUGUGGUGAUCUUCUCCGGGGACUACACGAGCAUUGAAGUGUUCCUGCUGGUUCCCGGACGCUGUGCCAUCGCUCUCCACUACACGGCGGUCGUGUUCCCUGGCAUUCUGUCGGGCCUGGGCAUCCUCGAGUGGAAUCUGGUCGGCAGUCUGGACUUCUUCGACUUGCGUGUCAGUUCGGAUGUGCCUUGGCUUGACAAUACAGGUAUACAGCCUGUCCGUCGCCUGUUCUCUGAAUUGCUUUCGAGAGGGCUUACUGACACGGAGCUUCCGAAUUUAGAUCUUGCUCAACCCAAGCUCAAGUCCUUGGUAGAGAAACACGAGCAUGACAAUGAAUUCAUCGACUUUCUGGGAAAGUUCAUCUUGAACGAACUUCGUACAAACCAGUUCCUUCCGGACAGCGAUACGAAGAUAAGUAGCCCAGGGAAAUCUUCAAAGCCACCAGUUGCUCCAAAGCCCACACCUCCGGCCAAGCCUCAAGUUGCCAGCCAUUCGUCCCUGUCCCUGUCGGAGAAACUUCUGAGGUCCAUCCGAGCUGGAGACCUGCGUGCAGUAAAGAAGGUGAUUGGUGAAGGCGCGGACGUUAACUGCACGGAUGAGUACGGCGACUCAGCACUGCAUAAUGCCGCGUCGCAGUCCAGGCCCAAAUGUGUUCAUGCGCUACUGCAGCAGCGAGCAACACACAAUGCACGGAACUCUUUUCAGGACAUUCCGCUGCAUCUUGCAGCACGCUGGACAAGGAAGAGAAUGCGCAUCUCCUGCUGGAAGCCAGAUGUGAUGUCAAUGCGGUCAACAAGUAUGGUGAUAGCCCAUUGCAUGUGGCAGCGUUCUGGAACCGCGAAAGGAUGGCCAACAUCUUGCUCGCAGCCGGCGCAGAUAGUACAAUCGCGAACACGCUUGGCAAGCGACCCAUCGACCUCUGCCAUACCAGAUCGCCUGUUCGCAGACUGCUGGCCAACCACAUGAACAAUGCCGGAAAGACGCAAGGCGGCGCUAGGCCUGCACCAGGGCGUGCUGGACCCCCAUACACCCACGCCGGAACAGCCGAAUCGCCUGUCUGACCUCGCCUUAUGUAAUCGCUCCUUGUCAGGAGAAAACAAUGCACGGAUGAGACAGUUGGGCAGCACAGUGAGCGACUUUUGCUGUGUAGAAUUGCCACAAGUAAAUCAAUGGCAUCAACAAGUGUUUGUGACUGCCCAGGAUCUCAAAAAUAAUUUUAUCAUUCAUUGCAUCUAGCUUUAUGUUGAGGUCUACCGGUAUACGGUCGGGCCAGCUAUCUGAAGGGUUACGUAUCUGAUGUUGGUUUUGCCUUGUUGCCCAUAUGGUUUAAGGGGAAGUUGAGGCAAAAUUCAAAAUUUCA